CGGCCUCGCCCCCGGCACGCUUGGCUUCUGUGGGCGCCGAGGAGGAUACACAUGGCUCGCGAGCUGCGGACGCUGCUGCUGUGGGGCUGCCGCCUGCGGGCCCCGGCGCUGGCGGUCGCCCGGGGAGGAAAACCAGUUCUGUGUCCUUGGAGGCCCCCAGCCCAGUCCUGGAGUCCCAGGCAAAACCUGGCUUCAAGCUCCCACGUUGGACGGCUGUUCAGCUCCCAGGCUGCUGAGGACCGGAAGGAGGAGCCCCUGCACUCCAUCAUCAGCAGCUCGGAGACCGUGCAGGGUUCUGUUUCCAAACAUGAGUUCCAGGCUGAGACAAAGAAGCUUCUGGACAUCGUUGCCCGUUCCUUGUACUCAGAAAAAGAGGUGUUCAUACGGGAGCUGAUCUCCAAUGCUAGCGACGCCUUGGAAAAGCUGCGUCAUAAGCUGUUGUCUGAAGGCCAGGCGCUGCCGGAAAUGGAGAUUCACUUGCAGACUGAUGCCGAGAAAGGCACCAUCACGAUCCAGGACACUGGCAUCGGGAUGACACAGGAGGAGCUGGUGUCCAACCUGGGAACCAUUGCCAGGUCGGGGUCGAAGGCCUUUCUGGAUGCGCUCCAGAGCCAGGCGGAGGCCAGCAGCAAGAUCAUCGGCCAGUUUGGAGUGGGUUUCUACUCGGCCUUCAUGGUGGCUGACAGAGUCGAGGUCUAUUCUCGUUCAGUGGACGCAGGCAGCCCUGGGUACCAGUGGCUUUCAGACGGCUCUGGGGUGUUUGAAAUCGCCGAAGCCUCAGGAGUUAGAACCGGGACCAAAAUCGUCAUCCACCUCAGGGCAGACAGCAGAGAGUUCACCAGCGAGGCUCGGGUUCGAGAUGUGGUGACAAAGUACAGCAAAUUUGUCAGCUUCCCCUUGUACAUGAAUGGAAGGCGCCUUAAUACCCUGCAGGCCAUCUGGAUGAUGGACCCCAAGGAUGUGGGCGAGGGUCAGCAUGAGGAAUUCUACCGCUACAUCGCUCAGGCCCAUGACAAGCCCCGCUACACCCUGCACUACAAGACGGACGCACCUCUCAACAUCCGCAGCCUCUUCUACGUGCCAGAAACGAAACCAACCAUGUUUGACAUGAGCCGGGAGCUGGGCUCCAGUGUCUCGCUGUACAGCCGCAAGGUCCUCAUCCAGACCAAGGCCACCAACAUCCUGCCCACGUGGCUGCGCUUCAUUCGAGGUGUGGUGGACAGCGAGGACAUCCCCCUGAACCUCAGCCGGGAGCUCCUCCAGGAGAGUGCGCUGAUCAGGAAACUCCGGGGCGUUCUACAGCAGAGGCUAAUAAAAUUCUUCAUUGACCAGAGUAAAAAACAUGCUGAGAAAUAUGCCAAGUUUUUUGAAGAUUACGGCUUGUUCAUGAGGGAGGGCAUCGUGACCACGGCUGAGCAGGAGGUCAAGGAGGAUAUUGCAAAGCUGCUGCGGUACGAGUCGUCGGCACUGCCUGCUGGGCAGCUGACCAGCCUCCCAGACUACGCCAGCCGCAUGCAGGCCGGCACCCGCAGUAUCUACUACCUGUGCGCCCCCAACCGGCACCUGGCGGAGCACUCGCCCUACUAUGAGGCCAUGAAGUGGAAAAACACAGAGGUUCUCUUCUGCUACGAGCAGUUUGAUGAGCUGACCUUGCUCCACCUUCGUGAGUUUGACAAGAAGAAGCUGAUGUCUGUGGAAACGGACAUCGUUGUUGACCACUACAAGGAGGAGAAGUUUGAGGACGGCUCCCCAGCUGGCGACCGUCUGUCAGAGAAGGAGACAGAGGACCUGAUGGCCUGGAUGAGAAACGCGCUAGGGUCCCGUGUCACCAACGUGAAGGUGACUCCUCGGCUGGACACCCACCCUGCUAUGAUCACGGUGCUGGAGAUGGGGGCCGCCCGGCACUUCCUGCGCAUGCAGCAGCUGGCCAAGACCCAGGAGGAGCGUGCUCAGCUGCUGCAGCCCACUCUGGAGAUCAACCCCAGGCACACACUCAUCAAGAAGCUCAGUCAGCUGAGAGAUAGCGAGCCUGACCUGGCCCAGCUGCUGGUGGAUCAGAUCUACGAGAAUGCCAUGAUCACAGCGGGGCUGGUCGACGACCCCCGACCCAUGGUCAGCCGCCUGAACCACCUGCUCAUCAAGGCCCUGGACCGACACUGACAGCUGUGAAAGCCCCAGGUCCUCCUGCCCAGGGUUGGGGGGGGGGGUGGAUGGGGACGAUGACAAAGGACUGGAUGCUGCCAAUGAGAACACCUACUUUUGAGCUUUAUUCACUUAAAAUGUAUUCUUAGAGUUUUUGUCCAGAUUGGGGUGCUCUGGUGACACAACCUCCAAGCUUACAAUGGAAGCGGGUACAGUGAGGAAAAGCCUACCUUCCUCUAAUUCCAGCUGCCACGGUGGUGGGGAGGGGCAGGAGCACUCAGGACCAGGCACUGGUUUCCUAAACUCUGUCCCUAGCCUUUGGCUGUGUCGUCUCAGUUCUUGGCGACAGGCUGCAGAGCGGAGGUCGCUGGCCAGGCCCCACUCACGUCAGGCUCUCUUCAGCAUCACCUCUACCGGGUAAUGGUCGCUGAUGGCUAGGGCCUGUGGGGAGACAGCCAUGAGCACAGGGACACCCAGACAUCUAGUACUCUGCACUCAUGCUCCUGAGGCCAGUCGGGAUUUGGGCCUGGGAAAAGGAGACCAAGAGGCACCCAGGGCCACAGACAAGUGGCUCUUUCAAGUCAAUGAAAAAAGCAGGGUCCAGGCCUAUGUUCCUGUGUCCCAGGCCCCUAUUAGAGCUACGUAACCAGGACACUUACCAUCUGGUCACUCAAUCCGUAUGCAGCUUGGAAGUCAAAGGGAGCAGCUGAGUUGGGAACCACAGCAUCUUGGAGCAGAGGUCCUGCAACCACGAUCCUGCAGCAGCAGACACAAGAGAAGGUCCCCUUCAGCCCACUGUCUAGCUCUGUGCACUUACACCUCAGAUCCCAGCAUGUCCCCGAUCCCAGCAUGUCCCCCCAGCUCCUCUUGGUAUGGUAAAUGUCACACAGUUCCACUGUUCCCCAACUGCUCUCAAAUGUUCCCAUGGGGCCAGUCGGGUCCUGGCUCACUGUCACCCCAACACUGAGCUGAGCAACCUGGGCCCCAAACUGCACACCACUGACCAACCUACAUACCCCCCAGUGAGUGUUAUCCCUAAAUGUGCUUCACCCCCAAACUAAGAAAUGCUGCUCCUUUCAUUCCAUUUCCUAAGUGGACUGAGUGAAGCUCAGGAGGGUGCAUGUCACAGGGCUUGGGAACCAUUUCUGAAGCUGGUCAUGGAGGCUCCCUCAUCCCUGCCUGGGGGCUCAGUGUGGGCCCAGGCCCCGCUCACCUGUCGUAGGCACAGUGCGUGGAUGUAACGGUGGUGUCGGCAGUGUCAGGAAUCAGCCACUGGAAGGGGGGGCUCCUGCGCAGGCGGAUGGAUGACCACUGCGAGGGGGUCACGUAGCUGCAGCCAGCAUUGAAAUCACCCAUCAACAUGAUGUCCUACCAGGAGACACACACUGGUUGGCCUGGGGCAGAAGGGGGGCCCCAGAGCCCAAGGCUGGGGGUGGGGGUUGCCUCACCUCCAAGUCCCACUUCUGCCAGACAUCCAGGUAGACAUCAUAGAGAGAGUCGAUCUCAGCCACCGCAUCCGAUGGGGCCGCAUGCAGGGGAACAAUGGCAAACUCCUUGAUCUCUGUGGAAACAGGAGUCAUACUGAGCCGGUGUGGGCUGGGCUCAGCCAGGAGUUGGGCUGUGGUGGAGGACACAUGAGCCAGUCUUCGAGGGUGGACGUUUUCCUAAGUAACUCCAAUGUAAGACCAAAGCACAAAGGGUGUGGGCUGCAGCACGAGACAGCUUUCCAGGUGUCUUGGGAAGGGCUGGGCGGGGCACUCACGUGUGAAGGGGGAGGAGAACUUGACCACAGCUGGCUCUCGGCUGAAGCUGUCAUUCCUACAGGGCUCACAGCCAUCAUCGUACUGGUAGCUGUCCAGCACGGAAACCUGGUCGGGUCUGCAGAAGGCCGGGCCAGAGGGCAGUUAGCCUUGGGCCAGGGUGCCAGCUUGUCUUGGUAAAGUCACUUUCUGCCACGUCCAGGUGGGCAGGGGGCCCGGCCUUAGCACCGCAUAGACCCACUGGCCUGGAGCUCCUGCCAUGUCCCCCUGCCUCUGCACAGGCUGUGAGGCCAGCUCAGAGCCCUGCUCUGUGGCCCCAGUUCUCGCCCCCACACCCGGAGGGGAGGGGCUCACAGGCUCUCUAGACCACACCCCAGCCUCCUGUCGGCACCCUCUGAGGAGGUGACCCAAUCUACCUGAACAGGAAGAGGUAGCGCUCCUUAUAGCUGUUGCGUCCCAGCGGCUCACUGACCACAAAGUGAUAGGUGUUUGGGUCAUCCCUGGAUUGAGGAAACAAAUGUCGCGGUCAGGGUGGGGGGCAGUCCGUGGGGACCCUCCUGCCACCUAUAUACAUCUAUAGCAGGGUUCCUGCCCACAUCCCUAUCUCUGGGGCCUGGCUGAAGUGGCAUACCCUCUCCCAUCCAUGCCUCCCAGGACCGCACUGUCACCCACUGGUUGAGUUUGUCCAGCAGCCUUCCUACGGCCGUCAGGUGGUUGUCUCUGACCUCCUGGAUGAGGGCGAUAUCAUAGCGACUCAGGAUCUGGGGACAAGGCCACAGUACUGCUAAGCAGGGCAGGCUGGGUGGAGACUGAGGCAUCCGAGCCGGCCUGCUGUGAAUCACAGGGCCGACCUGCUCCUCCCAGACACCUUCCUGUCACAGCUUGGCCUGGGACUUGCCUGGGACGUGCCAGACAUCCCACCACCUCCAGCCGUGGUGGACGGCACAGCAGUGACAAGGACCUGUCCCCUUGACAGACAGGUGGGCUGAGACCAGAGGCUUUCAAUCCCCUCCCCCGAUCACCACCACUGCCGAUCACCCUCAGGACUGACCACUGGCCCAGGGUUCCCAGGGCCUGUUAGAGGGCCCUCCCCUUCCCCCACCCUGAGUCCCCUGAGGACAGGCCAGCCUGGAUUUACCUGUACAAUGUAGUUGGAGAGGGUAGCAUUGGACAUCUUGGUCUCCCCGAAAGUCUGGAUGUUGAAGGCUGCUAUUCUCAGGGACAGGGUCUGCUGCAGCAGGCCAGCCAGGGUGAGUAGCACCCCCAUCAGCCUGGCACCCCUCAUUCUGGAUGAGGAGAAAUGUUCACAUGUGGGCCUGAGGUUGGCAGACUCAGCACUCUGGCCUCCCUGAGUCCAGCUGCGCAGAACUGGUAGAGCCCAAGGCUGAGUAAACCCUGUCUUUGUGGGCUAUGCCGAGCAGGCCAGGGUGAGCCUCUGAGCCCUCUCACCAGCAUGCAGAGAGCCAGACACCAAGCGCCAAGUAACAGGCGCUGGAUCUUCUCACUCCUCACCUGCCAGCAGAUGAGCCCCUGUGAGGGUCGCCAGCCUAGGAAGCCCCUGACACUGUGGGUGGGGCACCAGCUCACCGCCCUCCCCGCUCCGGCCACCCUCCCCUCUGGGAUUGGCCAGGGCUCUUCCCAGGGUGGCCACGGUCACCAAGAGGGACUCCACGGGGCUUAUGGGCCUGGUACCCACCUUCCACAGGCCACGGGUCACACAGCCCUUGGGGCACCAGGCACACUCACCUGAAACUUGACUUUCACAAAGACAACAGGAAUUCUGCCAAGAAUCAAGAAUUGAUACUCUUCGGUGCCAAUUUUCUCCUUUCACUGCUUUAAGAAAAAAAUUCACAAAGUGUUAAGAAACACAACUGUGAGCUGUUGCAGCUCCAAAUCCUCACACAGGGAAUGUUCGUCCCACCUGGGGUUUUAAAGGUUUAGGCAGCUGUGACCUUUCCCAGGGCAUCACCUGGAGGACACAGAACAAUAGUGCUGCCUGUGGGGCUUUCCUAGCAGGUGGGUAGCUGGCAUGUGUUUAUUUCAAAAGGUACAGGUCCUUCCUGCUGUAAAGAGCACCUGAUGUUUGC